CCCGAGAUUGGACUUCUCCCGUUCAUGCACCUUGCUCGGCGUCCUCUGCAACCAUGUCUGACAAACCCGAUAUGGCUGAGAUUGAGAAAUUCGAUAAGUCGAAAUUGAAGAAGACAGAAACACAAGAGAAAAAUCUACUCCCUUCAAAAGAAACGAUUGAACAGGAGAAGCAAGCAGGCGAAUCGUAAUGAGGCACACGCCGCCAAUAUACACUGUACAUUCCACAAGCAUUGCCUUCUUAUUUUACUUCUUUUAGCUGUUUAACUUUGUAAGAUGCAAAGAGGUGGGAUCAGUUUAAGUGACUGUGCUGCCCCUUUCCACAUCAGAACUACUGACGACGAAGGCCGCACCUGCCGCUCCCAUCUGUCUGGCUGGCUGGUGGGGAAGGGGGACAACUUGCAUUUUGGUGAAGGAACGAGCUGGGUGGGACAAGGUGAAAUCUAGAGUUAAAACCAAGCUGGUCCAAGGGGUCCUGUGGGCUGUAAAAUGCAGUUUAAUCAGAGUGCCAUUUUUUUUGUU